GCCGGGUUUACAGUAUUCGAUAUAUCAGCGCUGACAGCGCUGGGGAAGCGGGAGGGGUCACGGGUUUCUAGACGGCGCGAUGGUCCGAAAGGACAUCGUGGCCCAAAGGACCGGGUGCGGGAGCGCCCGGCUCGCAGCGCAUACGGAAACGAUGGUGUAAACGGCGAGGAGGUGCAGGGACGGCGAUCUGGAGGAGAGGGCGACACCAGGCGCUCCUGGUCCCGUUAUGGUAACUGGGCGCCUUUCACAGCGACGGGCGCGUCGGCCGAGGGCGGGACGACGGCGAAGAGGGGAAACACGUGGCUCGCAGCCCGCGGCACGUUCCGUGGCCGUGUCGUUAUCGCCAUCGCCCGAUCCGGGACUGUCUCUCACCGAGCGCGCGAGAUGGCGGUGGGAAACGGCCGACUUGCCAAACGCAGCAUAAAGUCUUCCUGCGUCUCGCUCACACCAGUGCAAAACCUUGUUUCGAGUUCGCCUCUCUCCUCGACGUUGCCCACGACGAGCUCUGGCGAUCCUCCAAGCAUCCACUAUGCCACGCGGCGCCCCGGCGGCCCGCAACGUGCACGACGACGACGGUGAGACGCGUCUGCACGCGGUACCCGCGUGGCCUCCAAGCUGACACGCGCAUCGACCCAAUAUAGACGGCAUGCCCCCCCUCGUCGAGAGGCCGCUCAUGUUCACGACCUUCGAGGACGGUCCUCUGCCAGACAUGCCGCCCCUGGUCGACGCACCGCUUCUCCCGCCACACAUCGUCGACGGUGGGGGACAUCUCGAAGAACUCGACGACAUUGAGAUGGACAUGCCCCCGCUCGUCGACAACCCAAACCCCAGCAUGACCUUCACGUUCGCGACCGACAUGACACCAAUCACCUAUUCGUCGGACCCCACGCGGUUCGAAGUCGUGUCGGACGCGCAAGCACCCGACUACUCGUCCAUGUACUCGCCCCCUCUCGAGCCGAGCACGCCCGCGUUCCUGGCACCGGACAGUCCGAGCAAGGGCAGGCGCGAACGCCCGCGCGACCCAUCGUAUAUCCCGCGACCGCCGAACGCGUUCAUCCUCUUCCGCUCGUCGUUCAUCAAGACGCACCACGUCCCGGGCAUGGGCAAGAACACCAACAACUGCACGCUCUCCAAGGUCAUCGGUAAAUUGUGGAAGGAGCUCCCGCCGCAUGAACGUGAAUACUGGGAAGCCAAGGCGCUCCUGGCUCAGGCCGAGCAUCGCAAGAAGUAUCCCGACUGGAGAUUCAGACCAGGCGCGAACGCACUAGCCAAAGCGCGAAUAAAGGACGGAGGCGGCGGAAGUCGAAGACGACGGAAAGGGAGAGGCGGAGAGGCGGCCGACGGACGAGCGAAAGGAAAAGGGAGAAAGGCCAGAGCACCGAAGGAAGAAAGCGCGAGCGAGAAGGAGGGGCUCGAAACGAAUGCAGGGGGAAGCGCGAGGCAAAACGAGAAGAAACCUCAGGAGCCCAUCAGAGACGAUGAGGUUCGUAGAGGGUCUGUCGAGAGCGACGCGUCUGCGACUACCGACGGGACCACUUCGGACAAGCGUUUCGACGUCCCGCUCACUGCCAUGUUCCGCCGGUCGUCAUCUGCCCCUGCAUCCGAUACGCGUGUCCCAUUCCCUUCUCCCUCGCCCACGGUACCGAUGGCGCCCCCUAUGUCCCCUACAUCUGUAUCGCCUCUAAGCGCGGGCGAAGUGCCGCAGCUCUUGGCCAAUACCACCAUGAGUGCCAUGCUGCGCCGCAACUCGAUCGCCGUGGUCCCUCCGGCAGAAAUGCAUCACCGUGGGCAGCACAUCCUGCAUAGCCCUUACUCAAGUUCUCCAGGACGCCAGGAUGGUAUGCCAUCGUCGCCUAGCCCUGUCAUGAGCUUCACAGAGAUGCUUGAAGACCCCGCACUCCCGCCCUCGUCUCCGUCCACACCGAUGUCCAUCAAUAGGCACGGCCAUUCACAGGUGUGGCCCGAGAUGCCCGGACUCAGACUUUUGCCACCAUCACCGGCGUCUCCGUCCACGGAUACGGUCAGCCCAGCAUCCAUGUACGCGUACGACGCCGCCCAUACGCCGUCCUCGCCACUGGCCUCGCCUCUGAUGCCCACAUCGGAAUAUCGACCACAUCCAGUCUCUUCGGAUGGCCAGUACGCGCAUCGCUACACGCCAAGCCCUGCUUACUCUUCGCUCGACGGCUGGGCGGGACACACCCAAUUCAUUCCGGAGGAAUACAACCCCACGGAGGUCGAGCUGGUCCAUACCCCAGGAUACGAAACGGCGGCGUACACGGUAGCUUCCGCCCUUUUCAAACCUGUGGCGGGCUCAACAUUCUGAACGUGCCUCAGCCCGUACCAAUUCAGCCAAACUCACUGCCCAGAUCUACGACCUCUGAUGACCCCGGAUCAUCCCUCUGCGAGAUAACGUUAAAGCCCUCAAACAUUUUCUACACUUGACUGGGUCCCCUUCACUAGACAAUUCCUCGGCCUAUCUCAGUCUCGGACACCCGGAACCGGAAACAAAAACGCUCAAAAACAGAAAGAAAUCGCGGAUCGCUUUUACGGAACUUGUAUCAUGGAUCUUCUUCACCCGACCCCGCCGAUAUACACGAACCGGCCUUUCAUCCGAUUACCAUCCCCAGAGUGUACAUGUACCGCCCGCCUUGUUUGCCCCCGUGUCCCGAUCGUGACUAUCUACCUCGUCGGUUAUUUCCCGCUCUAAAUCCCCUCUCUGUACCCUGUACACCCUCUGCCCUCUGGAUUACGGCUCCGGCAUACACGAUCCGGAUAUUGUCCGUAUAUGCGCAUCCACUCUCCC